AUGCCCGAGCCACUCAAGCAAAGCGAGGUCAAUUCCAAAACCGAUCCCUCAGUCGCAAAGCAGUACGACAAUGAAGCGCCAAAAGAACAGCAAAUCAAGGACCUGUUCAACAUGAUUGAUGGAAAGAAAAUCGGAAUGCUGAACACAUACCGCAACGGAGUCGGACCCGUCGGGCGCUCCAUGGCCGUUGGCAAGCGGUCUGGCCUCGACAUUCUCUUCCUUUCCAACGCGCACUCCCAGAAGUUUUCCGAUAUCGAGCAGAACAAAGAAGUACAGAUUACCUUCCAAGACAGCAAGACGCAAGACUGGAUCUCCAUUUCCGGUACCGCAACCACAACGUCGAACACUGAUUCGCGCAUCAAGGACAUCUGGAAUAGUGGUAUCAGAGCUUGGUUUGGAGACCUAGGCGACGGAAAGCAUGAUGGAAGCGCGGACGAUCCGCGUAUGACCCUGAUCGAGGUGAAGGCAAAGUACGCCACAUAUUAUUUGACGCAAGUGGGGUUGUUGGGGUAUGCGAAGGAGGUCGGAGUGGCGGCGAUGACGGGUAAGGUCGCUGAUACUGGCGUAUUGAGGGAGUUGAACGAGCAGGAUAUUGAGCAGGCAAGGAACAUGGAGUAA